AUGGAUUUUAACCUCAGGCCACAAGAACAAUUACUAGCAGAAGAGUUUCAGGCAGGAUUAGGGGCUCGAAGAAGCUCUAUCCGUUCUUUCCUGGGCAGACAACAGAAUGCCUGGGAAAGUCACGUCUGUAGGCAGCGACUGCCUAGGAAAUACCUCUCCAAUAUGUUACUGCUGGGGAACGUCCUGGGAGCCACUAUGGAAAGGAAGCCUUGUUCUCAAUCAUUUUUAACAGAAGAAUCCACUAUGGACAUCUGUCAAUCUAUUCAUAAUUUGUUUGUGGUUCCAGCUGAACUGAUGGAAUUUUCUCAAAGCCUGCUAGAGAGGGUUCCAAGCACCAUUUCUCAGACUUCAGUGGUUAAAAACUAUAUUCAGAGACAUAUUUUAUGUCACAGUAAGGAGAAAAAAAUGCCUUUAAAGAUGUGGACACGUGCCUCCACAUCUUCCAUAAUACAGCAAUACUCUGGUACUAGAUUAGGAGUGAAGAAAACAAGCUCAAAGCUCAGCGAUAUAUUCCAGGAAGUCACUGAGCAUGUGUCUGUGUCAUGUACCGGGGCCCGGAUUCCUGCCUUGAUGAAGAAAUUAGACUCUACUCUUGAGAUACUUUACACUAGGGAAGAUUCUGUUUCCAGGGAGCAGAGUAAAAUCUCACCAUGUAGCUCACCAACUAGGACUUUUGAGUCUCAGCCUUCCCUCAAGACAAGUUCUCUCUCCCAGUCCAAGACCGAUAUCUCAAAACAGCAACUGCUAAGAGAACUAGAGCUAAAACUGGCAGGAAGACUCAUAAGCCAAAUACCCCACAAUGUCCCUCCACCUCUAGAGUCAGGUCUUGUUCUAAAGUAUCCCUUCUGCUUACAAUGUGGCCGAUGUUCAGGAUUCAAUUGCUGUCAUAAGUCACAGUCUGCUUUUGGGUCAUACCUUCUCAUCUACCCACAGCUCCACCUUUUAAGCACCCCUGAAGGCCAUGGUGAGACACUGUUGCAUCUUUAG